ACACCAGCGGCGGGUUCGUUCCUACCCUGCCUCCAUUGACUAGCAUCUGUACUGUUGCAAAUCACGAGCCGCCAUUGUGCUGCACACGACUAUAGUCUGGAUAUGGAAUCCUUCGUGAAAGUGCUAUUGGCUUUAAUUUGCUCUCAAGGACAUAGUCAGAGAGGACGAGAGGUCUAUGCCCAAAUCAAACCUGUUAAAGCUGGAGAUGUUCUCGAGCAGAGUAAUCUGCAAUUCUCCAUCGAUCUCUAUCAGGAAUCGGUAAAGAGAGAAGGGAACGUGUUCUUCUCUCCCUGGAGCCUACAAACUACUCUGGGGAUGGUGUAUGCUGGGGCGGAAGGAAGAACAAAAUCUCAAAUGCAGAAAGCUCUCUCUUUUCCAUCAAACAACUCAGACGAUCUCAUCUACGAGGGGCUCCAUCGAAAUCUCAUCAGUAUCCAGGACACGAAUAGCGUGGACUUCAGCCUGGAUGCUGGCAGCAGGGUUUUCGUUUCUAACGAUACGACGCUGAAACCCGGAUAUCAGACGAUAUUGCAGAACACUUUCCAGAGUGGGGCGAGUGGAGUGAAUUUCCGGAACGAAAGUAAUGAAAUCCGCGAAGACAUCAACGCCUGGGUUCGGCAGAAGACUCAGGGCAAGAUCCUUGAGCUCAUCCCCAACGGAGCCCUAGGACCAGACACAAAGAUGGUGCUGGUGAAUGCCAUUUACUUCAAGGGGACAUGGCUGACUCAGUUCAAAGCCGAGAAGACCUUACCGUCCGACUUUCACAUCUCGAAAGAUCGAUCUGUCCAGACUGAUAUGAUGAACUUGGAAACUAAAAUCAGGGUUGGCCAUCUCGACGAUCCCAAACUUCAAGUCUUCGAACUCCCGUACGAUGGUGCUCGCUUGAGUAUGAUCGUGUUUCUACCAGAGGAGAAUGAUGGCCUGAAAGAAGUGGAGAGAAGAUUGACGGCGGAUACAUUGAAAAGAGCCAUGAGAUCUUUAGAUAUUCACAACGUGAACCUCCUCUUCCCCAAAUUCAAGAUUGAACACACCCUUCCCGCGAAGGAUCUCCUUAUCCAGAGCCACGUUGAAAGUGUUGGGAGGGAGGACAUUCUACGCCUUCCAUUCAAUUCGUACGUGGAAUGUGAAAAGGCAAGAGAAUCAGAAUACCAUCAACAGGUAUUCUGGGAGAACUACAAGCUCUCUAAUGUCAUGAUUUCAUUCCUUAAUGCAAGCAAAAUCGCUUCGUAUCGCUAA